AUGACCACCCUUUCUCCCGAAAACAGCCUCUCUGCCAGGUGGUCGGCCUCCUUCAUCCUGGCGAAGAGAAAACCACCCAUUGACAAGACAGAAUGGGAUGGCUUCUUCGAUGAGAACGGUCUAUUGGCCAAGUCACGAGACCUCAUUUGUGUGAACAUCCUGGAACGGGGUCUGCACCCCUUCGUGAGGACAGAAGCCUGGAAGUUCCUCACGGGCUACUACUCAUGGCAGAGCUCCCAGGAUGAGCGGCUCACCGUGGACAGUACGAGGAGGAAGAACUAUGAGGCCUUAUGCGAGAUGUAUAAAAAGAUUCAACCCCUUCUGGAAAACCUGCACCGGGACUUUAUGGAGACUCGGAAUUCCAUCGCGUAUGACAUUCAGAAACUCUACGACAAAGACCACCUAGGCAAUGUCAUUAUCGACAAGAAGAGACUGGAGAAAAUCUUGCUCCUGAGUUAUGUCUGCAAUACCCAGGCAGAGUACCAGCAGGGCUUCCACGAGAUGGUGAUGCUUUUCCAGCUGAUGGCAGAACAUGAUCAUGAGACCUUCUGGCUUUUCCAGUUCUUCCUGCAGAAAAUGGAGCACAGCUGUGUUAUCAAGAUCGGAGUGGGCAAGAACCUGGAUAUGCUCAGCACUCUGAUCAACUUCUUGGACCCCGUGUUUGCGGAGCACCUAAGAGGGAAGGGGGCGGGGGCCGUGCAGUCCCUCUUCCCCUGGUUCUGCCUCUGCUUCCAGCGGGCCUUCAAGUCCUUCGACGAUGUCUGGAGGCUCUGGGAGGUUCUGCUGACAGGGAAACCCUGCAGAAACUUCCAGGUGCUGGUGGCCUACAGCAUGCUGCAGAUGGUGCGCGAGCAGGUGCUGCAGGAGAGCCUGACCAGCGACGGCAUUCUCCUGGCCUGCAACAACCUCAUUGACCUUGAUGCUGACGUGCUGAUCUCUGCUGCCUGCUUGGUGUAUGCUGAGCUCAUCCAGAAAGAUGUUCCUCAGCCACUGAAGGACUUCUUUCUCUGA